AUGAACUAUCCUAUAGAGGACUAUAAGGCGGUCGCAAAGUCCCGGGACUUCACGGGGAAAGUGGUUGUAGUGACCGGUUCCUCGUCGAACAUCGGAGAGGGAAUCGUUAAACUGUUCUCAAUAUUAGGGGCUAAUGUUGUGGUCUGUGGAACGACUGCCACUAAAGUUCAACGAGUGGCCAAAGAGGUUCAGGAGUUGUCACCACUCAAACUGAAGCCAUUAGAAGUUGUGGGAGAUUUGACCAAAACCUCUGAUGUAAACAAUUUAAUUGAUUCUACGGUCAAAACGUUUGGCAAAAUCGAUGUAUUGGUCAAUAACGCCGCUUUAUAUAAACUAGCGAACAUCACUCAACCGGACUUAAUGUCAGUUUGGGAUCAAGUAUUUGCCGUCGAUUUACGCGCUGUCGUAGAACUCAUUCACCGAUCGGUUCCACAUCUGGAGAAAACCAACGGAACUAUUAUUGAUAUAUCUGCCAUAACAGCAAUCGCACCGAUUAAAAUGUUAGGACCGACUACAUCAUCGGCUAAAGCGGGUAUCAAUAUGUUGACCGAAAUAUUGGCUCUGGAAUUGGGGCCCAAUAAUAUUCGUGUUAACACUAUU